AGGAAAACCAGCUGAUGAAUCCAUUUCGAUUUUGAACGUGACUAACCUGCCUCAGGAAAGACUGACGGUGUGCUGCUUGGGCUUCUGACUCCACCAAGAUGUGCUUUCCUCAUUCUCCUUUUUGAUGCAGUUGUUAGCCAUUCUGUUUCUUUUUGCUGCCUGGGAGAGCAAAGUGAACCUUUUCGUGUCCAGUCUGUUUCAUUAGUUAAUCCUCAUCAAACACGACAGCUUUUAAUCUUUAGUUUACAUAGCAGGAAAUGACUGCGUCGAGCACCUGCAAACACACAUGACGAGGAGAUGGUUCCAAAAUGUGAGCAACAUAGCCUCCACUGAAAUCCUUCCCUUAUGUCCUCGGUUUGUUACAAGUACAGGAAAUAAAAAAAAGUUUCAUGCUGGUAUUACAACAGAGGCUAAAACUGGUAUAUUCCCCAUGCAAGUUUCAUGUUAACGGUUUGGUCAUCCUUCCCCUCGAAGACUUUUGGCUUGGUAACUGGAGUCCAUGCAUCUGGGGAAACAGUGUUCUCAUCUCGGUAUCCUCGGCCAUAGUGGCCGUUAGCAGGCGUGCUGGGGAGGCCUGCGCAACUUCCCGCUGGACCUUCCUGGAUGCAGCAUCUCAAAGCAGGACCCGCUGUUGCACCUGCAUGGCCUGGCAGCUGGCUAGGUCAGCCCCACUGCGGAGUGGUUUUGCCAGAGUGAAAGGCAUGAGGGGAGCAGUUUUAUUGGCGCACGAGUUCUCCCCUCUUCCCUUGCAGCUGAAAAACUGCUUUGCCAGUGGGAAGGCUGAGGAGCAUUGUGUGAACCACCCGGCUCACCCGCCAGCCCCGGAGGGAUGCUCCUGGAGCACGGGAGAGCUCAACACCAUCCCUCCCAACUGGAAAAGAGGGACCCUUUCUGCCCACGUCUGCAGGAACUCAAGGCUGGGCUCCCUAGGCAGAAGAUCCCGCAGUUAUGGGGGACAGCCGUCCCGACUGGCGGGACGUGGGGGUACCCUUGGGCAGGAUGCACAAGGCUGGAGACAGGCAGGUACCCAACGACGCAGCCCUCCCAGCCCUGAUUUCACUCAAGAUGCUACAGUAGCCCCGCUUGGGGCAUCGACCACCUCCCCAGGAAACCUGUUCCAGUGUUUGACCACCCUCUCGGUAAAGAAAUGCUUCCUCAUGUCCAGUCUGAACCUCCCCUGGCGCAGCUUUGAACCGUUCCCUCGCAUCCUAUCACUGGAUCCCAGAGAGAAGAGCUCAGCACCUCCGUCUCCACGUCCCCUCCUCAGGAAGCUGCAGAGAGCCACGAGGUCAAGUCCUUCUCUCAGCCUCCUUCUCUCCAAACUAGACAAGCCCAAAGUCCCCAGCCACUCCUCAGAGGACAUGCCUUCCAGCCCUGUCACCAGCUCUGUCGCCUUCUUCUGGACGCAUCCAGGGACCUUCAUGUCCUUCUGAAAUGGUGGGGCCCAGAACUGCACACACCGGCUGGCUGUGCUGUGUUUGAUGCCCCCCAGGACGGGGUUUGCCCUCCGGGCCUGCCAGGGCACACGGCCGACUCGUACUGAGCCUGCUCUCGGCCAGCCCCCCCAAAUUCCUUUCUGCAGGGCUGCUCGCCCGCUGCUCCUCUCCCCAUUUAUGCUUGUGCCCGGCGUUACUCCGUCCCAGGUGCAGAAUCUGGCACUUCAGCUUGUUAAAUUUCAUCCCAUUAAUCAUCGCCCAAUGCUCCAACCUAUCUAGAUCCCUCUGCAAGGCAUCUUGUCCCUUCAGAGAGUCAACCGCACCUCCCAGCUGGGUAUUGUCAGCAAAUUUGUUAAUGGUGCAUUCAACUCCUGCAUCCAGAUUGUUGAUAAAUAUAUUGAAUAGAAUUGAGCCUCGAGGAACACCGCUGGUGACCAGUCACCUGCCAGAUGUAGCCCCAUUCACCACAACACUUCGAGCUCAGCCCUUCAGCCAGUUCUUCACCCUGUGACCCUAAACCCGCUCAUCCCACAGUUGGACAUGGGCAUUAGAAGUUCACCAUUACUCCUUCCAUGGAAAGAACACAAAAACGCAUCAUGACCAGCUGCAACUUAUGCACUAUUUAUGCACAUUAUCACCCAGGUACUGUAUUUGCUGGGAACAAAGUAAAAUUCCUCUAUAUUUCUGUGGGAAAAGUCUUUUAACUAUAGCUUUAAUGGAGCAAAAGAUGAACUCAUGUACCUGUGCUCACUCGCACAUUAUACAAGUCGCACGUGACUACGAGGCCAUGUGAUUUAAUAAACUACGUUGAAGGAAAGGGGAUUUCCUCGAUGGUGGCAGCUCUGCUGGGGUGUCCAUGGCGGUCGUUGCCCAGUGUCGCAGUGAGGGCUGGUUCAAGAUCAGCCCUGAACAUCUUCGCGGCUCUACUCGCCCGGUCCCGGGGACGUGCCGGUCCUCUCCCCAAACGCG